AUGGAUUAUGGAACAAGUUAUGGUAAUACAACUCAUUUAAGUUGGAGUGAAGAAGAUGUGGGUAAUGUAGUAGGAGAUAGAUAUGUGGAUAUGGUGAAUGAUGCAUUUCAUGGUAAUUAUCAUCAAGAUGAUAGUUAUCAGAAUGUACGUAACCAUCCCCAACAAUUUUACGAUUUGUUAGAAGCUGGGAAAAAACCAUUAUAUGAUGGUCAUGAAGGUCACUCGCAGUUAUCUUUAGCUGCUCGGUUCAUGCAAAAUAAGGUAGAUUAUAAUAUGAGUGAAAAGUGUGUGGAUUCGUGGGCAUCUUUGUUUACGGAGUAUUUACCAGAAGGAAAUCAGUCAACCAAGUCACAUUACGAGACAGAGAAAUUGAUGGGAAAUUUGGGGCUUCCGUUUCAUAAAAUCGAUGUUUGUAUUAACAAUUGUAUGAUCUUCUGGAAAGAAGAUGAAAUGUGGGAGGAGUGUAAAUUUUGUCAGUCACCCAGAUAUAAGCCUAACGAAGGACGACGUUCACGAACCAGAAUACCAUAUAGUCGUAUGUGGUAUCUACCUAUUGGUGAUAGAUUAAAGAGGAUGUAUCAGAGCCAGAAGACUGCAGCGGCAAUGAGUUGGCAUGCUGAAAACCAUGCAAAGGAGGGUGAAAUGUGUCAUCCCUGUGAUGCUGCAGAGUGGAAAUAUUUUCAAGAUCUACAUCCCCAAUUUGCUGAAGAACCCCGUAACGUGUAUCUUGGGUUAUGUACAGAUGGAUUCAAUCCAUUUGGCAUGUCUCGUAAUCAUUCAUUGUGGCCUAUGAUCUUGACUCCUUAUAAUUUACUCCCUGGUAUGUGCAUGAAGACUGAGUACUUGUUCCUCACAAUACUGAAUUCUGGGCCAACUCAUCCGCGUGCUAGUCUCGAUAUCUUCCUCCGACCUCUUAUCGAGGAGUUAAAAGAAUUAUGGUCAACUGGAAUCGAUGCAUACGAUGUAUCUUUGCAGCAGAAUUUCAAACUAAAGGCUGUGCUGAUGUGGACGAUAAGCGACUUUCCGGCGUAUGGCAUGUUGUCAGGAUGGACGACCCAUGGUAGAUUGGCUUGUCCAAUUUGUAUGGACGAUAAAAAGGCAUUUUAUCUGCUUAAUGGAAGGAAGACGUGUUGGUUUGAUUGUCAUAGGAGGUUUCUCCCUCAUGGUCAUCCAUUACGAAAGAAUAGAAAAGACUUUUUGAAGGGUAGACACGCUAUAAAUGAGUCACCACCACAGUCUUUGACCGGUGAACAAGUUUAUAGUAAGCGAAUAGAAACUGUCAAUCCUGCAAAAAUUGCGGUGAAAACGGUCAUGAAAAAAAGAUGCCCGGAUAUGGGAAGUGGCAUAACUGGCACAAAGAAAGUAUAUUUUGGGAGUUGCCUUAAUGGAGGGACCUCAAUGUCCGACAUAAUCUAG